AAGCAAACCGUAUGUACGUGUACGUACAUUUAAUUGUGGUGAGCUCCGCAGUUCGUGGGAGGUUUCUAGAGGUAGACGAGGGCGAAUGUCGAAUUUUCUUACCGUGGGACGGAGAUGCGCGUGUCAAGAGACCGCGGGAAAAUGAAUAAUGACGAAGUGGCCAAAAAGUGAAAAAUGAUCAAAGCAAAAUGAGGAGGACAUAUAACACUGCAGCAGAUGUCCGAACAACUGAUGGACUUGAACAAACAAGACGUUUGCACAAGGGUAUAACAGAUAUUGCCAAAAGAUUAGAUGAACAAAAAAACCAUGCAUUAACAAUAAGAGAUUUAUUUACCCCUUCAGGGGAAACAUUACGGGUGAAGCUUAAAGAUUAUUGUGUAAGAUUAAUAACUAAAGAUCCUGUUGAGUAUGCACGUAAAACUGAAGAGUUAUUAUGGAGAAAAGCAUUUUACGAUAUUGUUUAUGCAUCUAAAAAAUUACGAAAGGAUAAUGCAUGGACUGAAACAGAAAAAGCAAUGUUAUCUGUUCAUCUGGCAGUAGGGAUUGGAUUUUAUCAUCAUUUAAUACUAAAACUGCAAUUAGAAUAUGGUUUAGAUCUAGUUGGUACUAUUGAUUUUGCAUUUACACAUAAUGUAACAGGAUUAUCAAGUGCAAAAAGUAAAACCAGUCAAUCUAAACAUACCGAAGAAGUGAAACAGUGUGUUAUGCGCUUAAUUCAUAGAAGUUUGGUAUGCCUUGGAGAUUUAGCUAGAUAUAAAUUAGAAAUAGAUCCAUAUUGGGAUCCAAUGAUAGCAAAGAGGUAUUAUAAAAUGGCUAUAACGAUUGAUCCAAAUAUUGGAAUGCCACAUAAUCAAUUGGGCACUAUAGCGGGCAAUAAAAAUUAUGGUCUUGAUGCAGUAUAUCACUACAUGAGAUGCAUUUUAUGUUCUGAACCAUUUGAAGGAGCAGAAGGGAAUUUAAAAAGAGCCAUUGUCACACACUCUAUUUGUACUGAUGAGAAGUGUUCUACAUAUGUAUGUGUUUCAAGAUUGUUUUCCUUAUUACAAUUAUGGGAUUAUGAUGUACCAAAUUCUGAUCGAAUAAAUCACGAAUGUCAGGAUCUUUUAACUAAUAUCGAAAAUUGCUUGAGUGCAGAACAACCUGAAUCAAAUGAUAUAAAUUCCAAUGAAAAAGAGAGUAAUAUUGAAAUAUACCUUCAAAAUUGUAAAAAUGAACAAACGAAUUAUUUGACAGAUGAUAUGAUAUUUAAAAUUGUGGCUAUAUGUUUAAUGUCUAUGUCAAGAUUAAAAAGUAAAGAAUCUAGCGAGGCGCAAGGCGUUAUCGCUAUAACUUUAGCAAUAUUGUCUCAAUUAAUACAAUUUACAAUAACUAGAUUACAAGAAUCUUUUAUAGAUUUAUCAUUACCCAAUAUGGGACUAUCAAAUUUGAAAGAUAAUGACUGUAAUACUGAGUCAGUGAAUAUUGAAGAAAAGAGUAACGCUAUACAACAAAUAAAUUCGAAUGAAAGUAACGAAUGUAAGAUUAUAAAUGAUAGCCAAACAUCUUCCGAAAAGGAAUGUAUGGAAAACAACGGAGACAUUCAAAAUAGCUCACGAAAAACUCGAGAUAAAACUAAAAGUUUGCUCACUAAACUUCGAAGACGAAAACGGAGAAACAGUAGUGAUUCAGAUGCAAGUGAUAUUGAUCACACAGCUAUGGAAUCCUCUAGUGAUGACAUAAAUUCUGAUGUUUCUGAAACAGAGGACGACAUAUUAAGUGAAGAAAAUGUGUUAUCAGAAGAUGCAUUAUCUGAAGACAUUACAGAUGACGAAGGCGUAUCGAAACAAGUAAAUCAACAAAAUACAGACAGUACUGAAAUAAAAAAGAUGAAUGGACAUGUAGAAAUGAAAAGAAAAAGUGAAAUAUCUGAUAUAGUCAACAAUCAUGUACAAAAUGGUCAACAAAAAACUGAUGACCAAGUGGAGAAAAAAGUCAGUGAUAAAGAUUCGAUAAUUAAUUCUGGAAAUACAGAAACAACUAAUACAAAUAGCACAUUCGAUGAAAAUAGUGCAUCAUCGGAUAGAGUAAUAUACAUUGCUCAACUAAAAAAGCAAGAUUUAAAACCAAAUGACGUACUAAACAUUAUAACGGGAAAAGAAAUACUGGCAUCCAUUAAAAUAUGUUGCGAUUGGUUGAAAAGUAAUCCAGAAAUUAUACGUAUAUGUGGGAAAAGUUCACGCACUUUAUUAAAACGCGUUACAAUUUUAUUGAAUUUGAUUAGUAUUGAUACAGAAAUGCUCUUGAAAAAUUGCAAAGAUGAUAGUAUAAUUUUAUCAAGUUUAGAUAAAUUGAAAAAAUGCGUUAAGAUAGUUCCAUUACCAGAAGAUAUAGAUUUGAGAGGAUUAAAUCUUUUAGAAGAUGCUCAGAAAUCUUUGGAUUGGAAGAUACUGCAUAAGCAUAAGAUGAAUAAGGAAGAAGAAACUCUAUUGAGAGCAUUAAAAUUAAUCGAAUUUGGUCAUUUUCUUAGUUCCGUUGAUGAUGCUGGGGUAAAAUAUGAACAAACGAAGCAAUUAUUUAUAACGAUUGAUUUGAACACUUCAAACACAAAGGGUAGUAGUAAAGGUUGGGAAAUGGAUCAUUCACGCGGAAAGUUAAUGAGACAUAUGGGAAAAUUAUGGUUGAAGGCAGAAGUUUGUGCUUUGGAGACUCGUUUAAGAUCUAAAUUUAUGUCUCCUUACUUGGUACCUGAUCAUGAGGUUUUAUCCAAACAUACACCAGCUUUAAAGCGAUUGGUUUAUGCUAAAAAGUUUAUUGUUGUGAUUCCUAGCGUUGUUGUUUCUGCUUUGGAUGAAGUCAAACGUAUUAGUGGUCGAGCAAGAGAAGCAACACGUUGGUUAGAAGCUCAGUUGAAACGUGGUUCGAGGUUUCUACGGGCUCAAAGACCUCACGAACGUUUAGCACUACCGUUCAUUAAAGGGCCAAGGCCAAAGGAUAAAGAAGCAUGGUUAUUCUUUCAGAUAAUAGAGUGUUGCCAUUAUCUUACUCAACAAACAAAAGUUGGUAUAACAAAUGAUGCAGAAACACCAGUUGUGACAUUAUUGACUGGUUGUAAUCCAGAUGAUAAAAGAGUCCUCACUUUUAGCCCAGAAGGAUUGGCAAAGAGUGCAGGCGUCAAUAUCGAAUAUAUUGAGUCAUUUCACACAAAGUGGAAGGCAUCAAGUAAAAGUCACGGUUGAACAUAUUGGGUUAAUG